UACUUUAUUUAUUUCUCCUCAUUUCCUCUGCAAAACCCUAAUUUUCUACAUCUCGAAAAAAUUUCUGUGAUUGUUCUGUAUUUUUUGGAAUUUUUUUCUUGUAUUUCUGAGAUUUUUUUUACUGUUUUUAUUUUAUUUUUAUUUUUUUUUACGAUUAUUGGGGUAAGUGAUUUGUUGGAUUUUUCCUAAACUGGAGCUUUGAGUAGUGGUCUGUAAUGGCGGAGAUUUAGGAUACUGAGAAGAAACUGAGUUGAAGUUGUUGUACGGAAGCUCUGGUUCUUGAUCUACAAGUAGUUCUACUGGAGGUUUUGGUUUUGGGGAUUGGUGAUAGGUUUUGGAUUUCAUUUCACUUCAUUGGCCCUGUUUUUGUGUUCUUAUUUCACCGUCUUCAUCAUUGAAACCUUCUUCGUCGGUUUGUUUGUAAAAUAUUGUAUCUGAAGUUUGUAAACCGAAGAAUGGAGGUUUAAGAAGCGGUUACGUAGUUUUGUUUUGUAACCAAUUUCUUUUCUAGACUGUAAAAAUGGAGGAAAAAGAGGGUGUUGAUUUCGGAUUUGCAUUAAAAGUGAGCCAAGCUCCAGAUAGCUUCGGGAUGAUGGAUUCGAGACCUGAAAAUACAAGCACGGACAGCGAGCCACCUCCUCCGCCUCCGCCGCCGGCGACGGCGACGGUGGAAGCAGCUCUGACGCUGGCAGGUACAGAUGGAAAGAAGAAAAGAGGGAGGCCGAGAAAGUACGGACCCGAUGGGACUGUAGUGCCAACAUUGUCGCCAAUGCCGAUUUCAUCAUCGAUUCCGCUGACGGGAGAGUUUCCGGGAUGGAAACGGGGAAGGGGGAGGUCAGUAGAAUCGCUCAAGAAGUCGCGGAAGUACGAUUAUGAGAUUCCAGGUAACAAGGUUGCCUUCUUUGCUGGAGCAGAUUUCACACCUCACGUGAUCACUGUUAAUAUUGGUGAGGAUGUUAACUUGAAAGUAAUGUCAUUUUCUCAACAAGGAUCUCGGGCCAUUUGUAUACUCUCUGCUAAUGGUAUGGUUUCAAAUGUCACACUUCGGCAGUCAACAUCUUCUGGGGGUACCCUAACAUAUGAGGGUCGAUUUGAGAUACUUUCGUUAUCUGGAUCAUAUAUGCCUUCCAAGAUUGGUGGAACAAAGAGCCGAUCCGGAGGGAUGAGUGUCUCUUUGGCUUGCCCAGAUGGCCGAGUAAUGGGUGGAGGACUUUCCGGCAUGCUGAUAGCAGCUGGUCCAGUGCAGGUGGUGGUGGGCAGUUUCCAACCACCAGGCCACCAACAGGAGAAUAAACCAAAGAAGAGCAGGAUGGAACCUACAUCAAAUGCAAUUUCACCUCCUCCCGCCAUUAAACCCAUAGGAGAUAAAGCAGAUUCUUUAGACCCAAAUCCAGCUUUUACAACUUCACCAGUCAACGAAAAACCACCUUCUCCAGAAGAAUCAAGAGUUGUCCUCAACCAUUCAAACCAUGAGGUGGGAGUACUGGAAAACAAAUGGAAUUCGAUUCAAUUGGUUCGAGUUGAUCGAUUGGUUUUCAGAAACUGACAUGAAUGUCCCAACUACUCGACCAAUCUCGAGGUUCUUUGUCUUUCUUCUCUCCACCCACUGUUAACCUUUUCAAUGAACUCUUCCACUCUUCUUUUGAAAUCCUCCUCGUCCUCGUCCUCAUCCUCGUCCUCGUCCUCAUGACCAUCACCACUCCCUUCAACACUGUCGCUGAAGUCUGGUUCAUUUAGGGUCUCUGUCACUGCACACACAUCAACUAUGGCAUUCUUCUGAAGCAUCUCUGUUCUGCAUUUGUGUUGCUGUGAAUGACGAUUGAAAGAGGCACAUCAUCAUGAUUUUGGUGAUCAGAACUGGAGAAGACUGGUCUUGAGGUGAAGAGAAUGAUGAGAAUGAUCAAAUUGAAGAUGCAGAAGAUGAACAGAGUGCUGGAAGCCGCCUCAGCAGCUAGUUCCAAAAUGGAAUCAGCCAUGGCUCCACUGAAAAUUUUGGUUAAAACUUAGAACUGAGGAGAGAAUUGGAGCAAGAGAGAAAGAUGGAAGGGAAAUGAAGCUUGUUUGUUGGUAUUUAAAGGGUUUGGUAAUGUGGGAAGUGUAACGAGGAAGCUUUUUGUUAUGGAAGCAGACCAAUUAUGUGUUGUGAAAGCAAGUUGAAUGGCUUUUUUUAAAGUCAA